UUUCCACACGCACAAUGCUUGUAUAUAUAUACAUACACCCACCCACAUACAUAACUUAUUUCGUCCUGUAUCAUUAGCCGGCGCCUCAAAAGCCCUAAAUCUCCUUCUCUCUCUCUCAAUUCUCCCCAAAUCAACCCGAUUUCGAGAUUAAUUGCUGUGGAUUCAUCGUCUGAUCGGAGCAGAACGAUAAACAGAACUUUUUGGAUGAACAGUUCAAGAGGCUGCACUGGAGCAUUGUUGCAGAGCUUCUACCGAAUGCUUUAGUUGAUUAUAUCGUUUCGGAUUAAAAUACAAACAAAUGGAUCGACGGGAUACCUCAGGUUUUGUCAGCGGUGGUGCGAUGUACUCGGCAUACGUUGACAGCUGACCUUAGUAUUUUAGCUUAGAUAAACCUUUAGUUUGUGGAUAUUAUUUAUAGCGCAGAAGUUAGCUGACUAGUUCUUUCGCUAAUAAGAUUUCAUCAAAAUCAAAUAAGAGACUGCGUAUCCGUAUCGCUUCAAUGGAUAACAGGUUCCGUGUUAUGGGUUUUGCUGCAAACCAUGCCGCUGAUGCGUUUAGAAACGUGAGCAACUCUGGAUCUGGAUCUGGUGCGGGUUAUGCAACGGAUACCACAUUACGAUUGGAUUUCCCGAGUUCGUUCAAUCAUUCUGUUCCGGUGUCGAAAGGUAUCAAAAGGAAAUGGGGUUCGGUCAAUGGGUCGAUGGAUGUGCAAACCGGGUUUCCGUUUAACCUGUGGCUCGGCCACUCUCCAAGCUCCUCCGACAGCAAGGCAAGUUCCGCCACCGGGUGCACUAACAUGUCUUCUGCUAAAGAAACUGACGAAGAGUCAUCAAUGGACCUUGAGUUGGAUUUCAGUCUCCAUCUCGGUGGUGAAAAGACACCUGUCGGAAAGAAAGCGCCCGUCUGUAACAAAGCGCCAAUGGUUGAUCUGGAAUUGAGUCUAUUCUCUUUGCCGGCCGAAUCUGAUAUUACUACUGUUCACCACAGCCCGCCACCUGCCGGUUGCGACCUCCAUAUGGAGGAAAAGAAUCCAUCAUCGAGCAUUUUGACUAUGCCUACAAGUUCGGUCACGUAUACAUCCGGGAAUACAGAGCCACAUCAUCAUCAUCAUCAGCAGCAGCAGCAGCAGAGAACCGGUAGUACAAAGACGUGUCAAUUUGAAGGAUGUGGAAAGGGUGCACGAGGUGCUUCGGGACUUUGCAUUGCACAUGGUGGCGGUCGGAGAUGUCAAAAACCCGGUUGCCAUAAAGGAGCCGAAGGUCGAACCGCUUUCUGUAAAGCCCAUGGUGGCGGUCGUAGAUGUGAGUUCUUGGGUUGCACUAAAAGUUCCGAAGGGCGGACCGAUUACUGUAUAGCUCACGGUGGCGGUCGAAGGUGCAGUCACGACGGUUGCACCCGUGCAGCAAGAGGGAAAUCCGGGUUAUGCAUACGCCAUGGCGGCGGUAAGCGAUGCCAGAAAGAGAAUUGCACGAAAAGCGCCGAAGGGUUGUCUGGUCUGUGCAUAUCUCAUGGUGGUGGUCGCCGGUGUCAGUUUCCGGCAUGCACUAAAGGCGCUCAAGGAAGUACUAUGUUCUGCAAGGCGCACGGCGGCGGCAAACGGUGCACGUUCGAAGGGUGUACGAAGGGUGCGGAAGGAAGCACCCCGUUCUGCAAGGGUCAUGGCGGUGGAAAGCGAUGCGCCUUUGAAGGUGGUGGUGUUUGCCCGAAAAGCGUCCAUGGCGGAACCCUGUUCUGUGUGGCACAUGGUGGCGGCAAGAGAUGUGCUGUCCCCGGUUGCACCAGGAGUGCGAGGGGGCGCACCGACUGUUGUGUCCGCCACGGUGGCGGAAAACGAUGCCAGUUUGUCGGGUGUGGGAAAAGCGCUCAAGGUAGCACCGAUUUCUGCAAGGCUCAUGGUGGUGGUAAAAGAUGCUCAUGGGGACAACCCGGUUCUGAAUACGGUAGUAACGAUCAAGUCUGUAAUGCAUUUGCGAGGGGGAAAACUGGGUUAUGUACGUCUCAUGGUGCUCUGGUUCAGGAUAAACGCGUCCAUGGUGGUGCGACCUUGGGAACUCUUGUUCACGAGACCGUACCUGCUCGACCUCCAACGAUGAAAGAAAUGGUCUUACCUCCACCGGCACCCGGGUUUACCGCUUCAGGUUUCAGACCUUUCGGGAUGCAGCAGGCGGAUGGAGCAACAGCAAGGCAGUCGAGUAGUGCGGAAGGGCGGGUCCAUGGCGGGAGUCUGAUUGCGUUGCUAGCGGCGGGAAGUUCUGGUAAUCCAGGAGAAGGGAGUGCGGUGCCGAGAAAGUGGAUAUGAAAGGGUUGGUAGGACUAACAAAAAAAAAUGUUUUGUAGAUUGUGUGUGAUUGUGGUGGGGUGUAUGAAUAAAUGAAAAUUAGCCUAUUUAGAGGUGGUUUUCAAGUGUGGGUCAUUUCCUAUUUGCUUGUAUAUUGAAUCUUCUUUGUUAAUAUGCAUCUGUUGUUUUUCUUGAGAUCA